AUGGGUUUCACCGACCUUACAUCCGACGCUGGCCUCGCCGUCGCCAACAACUUCCUUUCCACCCGCAGCUACAUCGUUGGCCACUCUCCUUCCCAGGCCGAUGUUGUCACAUACAAGGCCUUGAGCGGUGCUCCUGACGCCGCCAAGUACCCCCAUGUUGCUCGCUGGUACAAGCACAUUGCCACAUAUGAAUCAGAAUUCUCCACCCUGCCUGGUGACGCUUCCAAGGCCUACACCACCUAUGGCCCUGAGUUAGUAGAGCUUCCCACCAACCCUAAGCCUGCUGCUGCCGCCGAUGACGACGAUGACAUGGACGACCUCUUUGGCAGUGAUGAUGAUGAAGAGGAAGACCCAGAGGUUGUCAAGGAGCGUGAGGCUCGUCUCGCUGAAUACAAGAAGAAGAAGGAGGCCAAGCCCAAGCCUGCUGCCAAGUCAUUGGUUACCUUAGAAGUUAAGCCAUGGGAUGACGAGACCGAUCUCGUACAGAUGGAGAAGAACGUCCGUGCUAUUGAGAUGGAUGGUCUUGUCUGGGGUGCCUCCAAGCUUGUUGCCGUCGGUUUCGGUAUCAAGAAGCUCCAGAUCAACUUGGUCGUUGAGGACGAGAAGGUUUCCACUGAUGAGCUCCAGCAACAGAUCGAGGAGGAUGAGGACCACGUCCAGUCCACCGAUAUUGCUGCUAUGCAAAAAUUGUAA